AGAGCGGACGUGCACUGUCGAGCCAUCUGGUUGCCUACCAGCAUGUACCUGAGCGCACUUCUGCUCCUCUGCGUCACUUCGGAGCUGAAUAUGAAUACUGCACAAGCACAGAGUCCUACCAGUCCAACAUCCACACAGCUGUACACACCUGGAAAGUCUAUCCUCAUGCCUGGAAACGGAGUUGGUACAUGGCGGGAGAUAAGUCUGUCACGAAGGAGCAAUGCUCCAUCCUGGCAACGUGACGGAAGGAGUUUGAAUGCCUCUUCUGCCGCGUCCUCGAUGGUGCAAGUGUCCAGCCUACAGAAAUGUAACAGUGCACCAUGGAUGCUGAGUCUCUUCACCAUCUGGCUUGCUAUGAACAAUUGAACAGUGGCUGUAUGAAAUUCACAGCACAAAAAGAAAUGGUGCUUCAACAAGUUUGUUACUUGAAACUCUAAGUGCUGAAUUUUUAAUAUUUUUUAAGAAUCCUGCACAGAUUCCAUCAUGAUUUUUCACAUUCUUUGCAUAGUAUGUAUACGAACUGGACAAGAUCUUGUUUGUUUAAACAAGAAACUACUAGUAACUUAACUCAUACCAGAGUGAUAACCACGAAAGACAAAAGUUUACUUGGAAGUGUGACUAAUUGUUUCCAUUAUUUCAGGUAAGCUUUUCAGAUAGUUUUUCUAUGAGACUUAUUAUAUUCACACUGAUCUGGAAGGAACAAGGAAAACCACUUCUCACUGUGAAGGUCACGGAAAUGGAGAACUAUGAUACAUCAAUGACAAAUAUCAUGAUUGGUGUGGGGGGGAGGAGAGAAGAGGUACUGACUGCUCCCUAUUUUAGACUAUUAUAGCAGAAAAUUAGGAAAACGAAUCAAUGAGAAUAUUUGGGCUAGUGUCUUUCCAAACACAAGCCACACUUGGUAUUUACUCUGUCUACUAUAAAUAAAAAUAAUAAACAACAAAAGUAAUUAUUUCUGCUAGCCUAGUAAUCUGUGGAAAGUUAACAAUUCUCUGUGUUCAGUAGAAUGGUAGAUUAGAGUUAUUUCUCUCUGUGUUUGCUAUGGUUAAUGAACUGUUAGAUGCUAGAUCUGAACUGAAUCCCCUUUCACAGGGGUGUCAUAUUACCAAAGAGUUUCUUUCUUUGAAGCUAAGUGUUGUAGUCUGUGGAUAAACAUACAGUAGCAUUAAACUACCUUAAACAUGUGAAAUGUAGGGCAUGUCAUACAUUCAGCUCCAACUUAUUAUUGCUUGAAGAAAGCUUUAGUAACCACAUGUUUUAACAUCCCUUAACCAUCAAUACUGAGUCAGUUUUAUUCUACAGUAUGCCUCAACUCUUCCCUAGUGGCAGUGUGCAAUGUCAACUGUGAAAACCCAAGCACAAGUGCUGAGCUCUACAACACAUGGACGCUUCUAACUGCAGGACUCUGUGUGCUGAUGUCCUACAGCAAUGUUGGGCUGCUGACAGUAAUGAGAACAACGUGAAACAUUUCAUUAUAUGUAACGUGUUAAAGUAAAUGUGUUAAAUGGAAAUUACAUUUGUAAAUAAUAUACUACAUGUGUCAAAGACUAUUUCAUAGUACACAUAAGUGAAGUUCUAUGUCUGAAAUAUCUUACAUAAUCAAAAUACAAUCACCUCCCUGUGUUAAAAAUUAAACUGUGUUUACGGCAUGAUAACUGAAAGAAACACGGUUGCAUUAUCUCUGAAAUUAUGUAUUAUAAAAUAAUAAUAAUUACAGGUUUUUUGCUGUUAAGCCUAUCCAUUCUGAGUUCAAUUUAAAGCAAUAUCUUUCACUUCUGUUUCUAUAAUAUCUUAUUUUACUAAUUUUUUUAAUUUACAAUGGUACAAUUUCACAUAUGCCUUCAAUUGAGUUAAGGAAAGAAUGUUUCCUUUCGCUCAUACUAAUGAACACAUAUGUUAUCUGUUCAGAGUAAACAUAUUUCUUUAACAAGAUAUCUAGUCCUGUAGCACUGAAAGGAUUAUUGUAACAUGUAAAUAUAAUAAGAAUUACUGAGUGUAAUUUUAUAAAAAUGUUAAAAGGUGUUUCUGGAUUAAAUUUAUCUCUAAGUUUAACUCAUUCAACAAACUAAUAUGCUUAAAUAUUAUUUUAAUAUACAUAUAACUACUCUAUGCUCAACAGUCUUCAAGAAACUACUGUUAACUCUGUUAUAUUUUAGCGUCCUGUUACACUGAUUCAUGUCCAUUGUUUAUGCUAACUGUCUUAUAGUGUAUACACUUUUUCACCUUAUUCUUCACUUCCACACUACAUGUUUCAGCACUAAUGUGCCAUCCUCAGGUGUC